CCACAACUUGGCAUUGCACACAAAAGAUAUAUAAAGAGGACCACCCACCACCACUACUUAUUUACUUAUUUCUCUACUCACCCUCACAGGACACUUCGAAAACGAAAGAUGACUAGACACUGCAACAACACCACGUCGACAUCACAGUACCCGCCUGUGUGCUGCGUUCACUUGUCUGAGGGCCAACCAUUGCUCGGCUACCACUCACACACUCCGCAGCAAGAACACUGCAUCAAUAUACACGAUGAGAAGUCCGGCAUACUCUCCACUCCAUCGGAACCAUACGCAUGCAAAACAACGCGCCGUCGCAAGUUCUGGGGUCGAUUCUGCGGACUGGUGUUGCUCGGCUGGGUCUACUUUACAUUCUUCCACUUCAACAAGGACCACCGCAACUACGACCACUAUCUUCACAACAACGUCGAUAAUAUCGAUAGCAUCGACAGCAUCGAUACAACGACCGGAUCAGACAUGAACAACGGAGGCGAACGGGAGUCCAGCUGCAGCAAACAUAUGAUCGACUGGACAGCACCCUCACCCUUCUCGACCGAUGCUCCAAACUUCCAGCUCAGGUUCGGAAAGGGCUCCUUUGGCUCGAAAGUCAAACUCCAUCAAGGCCAGGUCUCCCAGCCCACGCUUCUGGUCAGCGGCAAGAUCUCGCCUAUGGACAACAAGGACGGCAGCAUGAACAGCAUGGAUUCAGACACCAAAAUCGUCGACCUCGGCCUUCACAUCGAGAUCAAAGAGUCCAAGGACUUGUUUGAGGCCUUUAUCUGGUUUGAGGACCGCAUUGUCCACGAUGGCCAUAACCGCUACCGCGCCUGUGCCUCUCUUGAGAUCGACAUCAUCUUCCCCGACUCCCUUAAGCGCUACAAGAGCGUCGUUAUCGAUGGAGCAGUUACUUCCAUUUUGACAUACGACCUCAACAUCGCUUUUGACAAGUUGGAUUUCUCGUCCCAGGUUGGAGACCUGGUCUCGAAGGGUUACCUCGCUGCAGAUGAGCUCAAGCUUGCUUAUUCGACGGGUAAGAUCGAGAUCGAGUCCGUCCAGGUUGCCAGCGAGGACAAACCCCUGAAUGUUGAUAUCCACACCAACACCGGAAAGGCCACCGUCAACGUCGAAACGGCGGCUGUGAGCAAGGACGAGCAGAAGGAGCAUAGGAUCUUGGUCACCGCACAGACGGGCGCUGUCGUGGUUGAUGUCCGUCCCAAGUCGACUGAGUUACCUGAGGGCAAGAAGGCUGGAGACUUGGAUAUCUACACCCGCACGAACACGGGGGCUGUCAGGAAUACAAUCUCUCUGGCUAAUGAGGAGCAGGCGCUGAGGUUGAGCUCAAGGUCGUCGACUGGAUCUGUGGGUGCCACUGUCUCGGAUGCGUUCGUGGGACGAUUCUACUUGCAGACUAGCGUGGGAUCAACCAGGGUGAAGGCAGCGGAGGGUUCGGAGAGCAAGAUUGAGUAUGAGAAGCAGACGUCGCAGACAAAGACGGGGGUGAAGGGUGGGAAGGAAAGCGAGAACCAUGGCUCGAUUGAGCUGCACUCAUCUGUCGGAGCUGUUACCCUGGAGUUUUUGUCGCAGUAAGAGAGUAUGAAGGAUGCGCAGGAUGCGUUCCUAGAGCCUAUCUAUCUACAAUAAAUGCGAAUAUUGAUGCCUGGA